AUGUUUGCCACCAAGUCAUUGGCCAUGUCCAGAGUGCUUGGUCAUGGCGGCGUCACUCCUAUGUUGAAUCGGUAUGCGUUUCGUCGAAAGGCUGAUGACGACGCCUUUGCACUGGAUAGUCUUGUGAAGUAUCGAGCUGUUGGGAAGUAUGAGGGCAGCUGCGGGCGACCUCUAUCAACGGGUGAAGUGAAGCGCGCCGCUAGUUGCAGCGGCCGCGCAGUACAGGCAGGGACAUUGCCUUCCUUCCUUCCACGCACUGACAGCAUCAACCUCGACCACAUGCGAAAGUCGACAACGCGUCCACGUCAGCAACGUGCCAGCUGCCGCCAUGAACGGCUUCAUUGCCGCCGCUCCACCAGGCCGGUAUAUGACAAUCGGCGAAGUCAAAUCCAUCGGAGCCGGCCAGAGCUGCUCUCUAUGCAACGAGAAGCGAGUCGCGGGUGA